GCUGCUCGAGAAGAAUUUCGACCUGUGGCUACACGGGGUUCAAUUGUUUAUUUCUUAAUCGUCGAAAUGUCUAUGGUCAAUGUAAUGUACCAAACAUCAUUAAAACAAUUCUUAGGUCUCUUCGAAAUCGGCCGAGAAAAAGCUCAGCCAUCGCCAAUCACGGUGAAACGUAUUCAAAAUAUCAUCGAAUCAUUAACAUACGAAGUAUGGAAAUACACAUCUCGUGGUUUGUAUGAACGCGACAAGAACUUGUACACACUUCUCUUGGCGUUGAAAAUCGACAUGCAGAAAGGAAAUGUCAAACCAUCCGAAUUUCAAGUUUUGAUCAAAGGUGGUGCUGCCUUAGAUAUGAACGCUGUCGAACCUCGACCAGAUAAAAUGAAGAAAUGGUUAACUGAUAUGACUUGGCUGAAUUUAGUCGAACUUUCCAA